AUGGACCGGCGUCUCAGCAUGGCAGACAGGCAGGAGGAGGCCCCCAAAGGGAGGGAGCCAGCGUGCCUGCUGUGCCAGCGAUCAGAGGCUGACCUGGACAUCUGUGGAGAAAACCUUCACAUAAAUGGGUUCUGUGCCCACCAGUUCUGCCUGGUUUUUGCCAGCCUCCUUCAUCAGCAAGAGAAUGAUCGAGUAGGACUCCUUGGCUUUCUCCCAAGGGAGAUCCCAGAUAUAGUCUCCCAGGCAGCACAGAAGAGGUGCUUCAUCUGUGACCAGAGCGGGGCCACCAUCCCCUGCUGGGCAAGACACUGUGACCUGAGUUUCCACCUGCCUUGUGCCAAGCAGGGAGGCUGUGUCACCCAGUUCAUGGCACCGUACAGGGCCUUCUGCCCCACACACAGCCCACAGCAGGCAGUGUCAAGCUCUGCAGGGCUUGAAGCAGAAGGACCCAGAAGAGCUCAGCCAGAUAAUCCCACGCUUUGGACAUUUUGUCCUCACCUCCAUGAACCCGUUUGCUUCCCCAGGCCCUGGGAACUGCUCUGGUGCUCCUCCUGUGCUGCUGAGGGCACCCACAGAGCCUGCUCUGGCCUGAGGGCCAGCAUAACCAGCUGGGAAUGUGAUGGCUGUGCUGGUCUGGGCACAUCCUCCCGGGAUGACUCGGGGCUUGCUGGUGUCAGCGUGGCCAGACAGUCAGGACUGGAGCCUUCUGACAGCUCCAGGGAACCCGAGACCAUCAGCCCCAACACAGGCAGCCUGGCGCUACCAGGGCUGUCUCCCAGUUCUCCAGCACUGGAGACCGUCAGCCCCAGCCCCAGCGCCCAGCUGCCAUCUCCUGGAUCUUCAGCACCAGAGACCAGCAGCCUCCACACCACCCAGAGACCAUCAGCCCUGGGAACUGCUCCUGUGCAGAGAGAACACCCCGAAGGCGAAACCAGUCCCGCCAGCCAACGGGACUGGUUAAUGCAGCCAGUGCCAGGAGCCACUGGGAGGGACUGGGUGUCCCUUCACUAUAAAUUUUAG